AGGUGUAACAGAUCGCAUGUAGCGAUUUGAUAGCAAGAUAGAACAUAUGAUAAAUGACAAUGUAUCUAUGCGUUGAAAUGUGAUACCUACUGGGCGACAUCUAAGAGGAAUGGUAUAUUUUUAUUUAUCAGUUAAAUAUUUACAGUGAACGCACCCUUCCAUAUAAUGCUACACAUGGGAUUAUGUAACGUGAUGGAUCAUAAUUCGCGACAAGGCUUUAAAGCUUAUCCUUUAAUAUAUUUAUGAGGUAAUGAAUUAAAAUACAUGCUAUAUCAAUUUUUUUUAAAGUAUGUUCUUAAAUCGGAUACCGUUUACUGACUUAGUGACAUUUAAAAUCGCGUUUGGGCACUGUCGUGAUCUGUAUUACAAUGAAGAGGAAAGUGGCAAAUAAUCAGAAAGGCAAAGGCUGUGGAUAAACGGGAGCAUACAAAGCAGGCUCAAGCUAACAAUGGUAAAAAAAUAGAAUUAACAAGAACGUCAGGAACCAUGCCAGAAAUGAUGGAAGAGGUGUCGGAACGCAAGAAAGUUAGCAUGAACCUUUCGGAUCUGUUUCGAGCGGAAGUCUUCUGGUCCAAACUUCGGAAAAAGAGAGAAACGGUCGAGAUUCCGACCAUAUCAACAUACAAAGAACAGAUGCGACAGUGCCAAGAGAUGUACGACCGGCUGCAACUGGAGAAAUCAUCCAAUGACGUGGGCAUCCAUUCUACGCCAUUUCCUUUACUGCGGGGCCAUACAAUGAUAACUCAAUCACGCCCGCUCACUUAUUCACUCCGGGAAACAUCGAAAACCGCGCGGCCGGUGUCAAUACGCUCCGCACCCGCAUUCACUUUAAAAGAGGAUACUUUCUUGAACGACAAUUUAAACACAUCAGUGGAUUUAAUUCCGGAACAAGUUACUGAGGCAACGGAAAACAGAAAUGGUGCUGCUGAUUACGACUAUGAUGAGCCUGGUCAACACAGAAAUCGUGCAAGAUUCGGACCAGAAGAACUAUGUGAAUAUUUGGAACAAAAUGGCUUCGGCCUGCCAAAAAUGGUCAAUACAAACUCCUUGUAUAGACGCGGUGGUCAAUCUCUUCCAAGAAACUAUAAAAGUAGACCGCUGCCUCGAAAUCCAUCGAAACGGGAAAAGAUCAAAGGUCGAGCUAGAUUGGACCAAGAAAUGGCCAACCUAAGGGCACUUGCUUUUUGUGAACAGCAAACACAGACAAAAACGUUCCGAACAGCGUCGGCGAACAUGCGAAACCGGGAUGUUCUUUUGAUGGAGGAAGAGUUGAAAGAAAACAUGCAACGCGAUGGGUUUGAUGACAACAUUUAUGAUGACGACGAUGAUGACAAAGCAAGUAUUGUGCGCAUGCCCAUAAAACAGGAAGAGCUGUUCUUGAGGAUAAACAACUGGGUAUCGGACGUGGAGAGCACCUGUCGCGUGUACAAUCAUCCACAUGACCAUGUAAGAGAUGGCGUCACGAAGUGAAAAUAGAUACUAAAUGUAAUCGCUACGCAAUCAUUAUUUUUACUCAAAACACGCUAAUUCUUAAGAUAUUAGUAUUUUGUUCAAAUAUCGUUUAUAAUUAUGUGUUUAUGACUAACAUCAGUUUGCCACAAAAAAGGCUUAUCAUGCUGAACACGUAUUCUGUUUGAAAGAGUAAUUCUACCCCCACAACUGCUCAUUUGGUCAUUUCGGCUCAGGUACAUUGUACUACUUAAGAUGUAUCAUGGGUACUCUUAAGUAUACUACAAUCUACCCUGGGUACGGGAAAUAUACUAAAAGUAUCCCGGAUUAAGGCAUGAUGCCUUUAUGCGUAUUUUUCGUAUCCUGGGUACAUUGUAGUAUACUUAAGGGUACCCAUGUACUUUUAAGUAGUACCUAAAUCGACAAUGACCAAUACCAGUAUCUAUGGGCUGCAUUGGAAUCACUUUAUACCUUGUGUCCAUCGGUAUGUCUAUCCAGAUAAGUGUCAUGUUUGAUCUCAAAAGUCAAACUUCAACAAAUAAGUCAAGUGUACAAAUAUGAAAUUGUUUUAUUCAGAUAUGUCUUACAAAUUUCGCGUUGCAUUUCCUUAGGCAACACACUAUAAUAUACAUUAUUAUAUAUUAUAUUUAACAUAUAAAUAGAUAUGCAUAAACAGCUACAAUUACAA